UUCAACCGCUCUGUUGUUUGACCGCUUUAUGCUGAAUGCUUUAUGCAUCUUUCUCCUCUUCUAUAUCUCCCGAACUCCUCUAUCUUAUUGUCUGCUUGACAAGUCUGUUCAGGACUAUACCAUUUCAGUACUAAACUGCGGUUAUAGAUUCAGUAUUUACACUACUGUUGACAAACAACACCAAGAUUGUUGAAACUAUGGGAUGUUCUUUAAGCUGCAUUCGAAGGUCAUCUUCAGAGACUGGCAAUGCGAAACAGGAGGAAGUUGCUGAUAAUAACGACCAGAGUGACACAAAUAAAAAGGAGUUGCCGACUGAAGAUGUCCUCUACGCCUCCAUUGACCACAACAAUCUCAAACCAGAAAGGCACCCUAGAGAGGUGGCGGACAGUGAUUGUGAUUAUGCAGUUGUCAGAAUUCCUAAGAGGUUGACAGAUGCAGCCAAACAGAAAAGCAGUGAGGACUGUUCAGAUGAUUAUGUGCUCAUGGGCUGAAGAAAGUGAAUUCUACUGGAUGGACAAUCUGAGAUACAAAACUUUAAAGUCCUGUUGAACUUUGUAUACGUUUGAAUGACAUUAAGCUGUUUUAUAUUUAUUUGUAUGUUUUUAAUUUCUUUCAAAAGUUAGUUAUUUUUCAAAGACGAUUUUCACUGAAUUAUAAAAUGUGAAUUCAUUGUUUAACAUGUUAAAGACGUUUUAUAUGUUGUAGCAUCAAGGCACUUAACACAGAGAUGUACAUUUUUAUCAAUAAUGUGAACAGUGAUUAAAAAAUAAUAUUAUUGUAUAAAGGUUGUCCUGCAUAGUCUGUCCAAUUUGAUUGCA